ACUUUUGUAUCAUUGUCAGAAAAUGAAGAUUUAAUUAGCAUCGUACGAUUUACAUAUGCUAAAUUCUCAUAGUUCAUUAUUUAUAAAAAAAUAAAACAGAGAGUAAUUGUUUUAGAAGUAUAUAUAACUCUCCGAUGGAUAUGAAAUAAAUUAAUUCUUACAAAACUCAAUUAAAGAAUGUAUUAGCUAGAAUAAAUUGGGCAUGAAGAAAUAAUAUAAUAUGAAAAAGAGAUGCGAGAAUAUAUGUAUAUAAAAAAAUGAUAAAUUUGUGAUUCUGGUUCUCGAUCAGCCAGCGAUACUCCGUGUAUCAUCUCGAUUAUUGUUGCCGUGAUACGUGCGACAGUCUUUUGUUUCGAAGAUAGGACUUGGUUCCGAGAAGAGCGAAACGAGACGAGGUGACACGGACGUUCGAAACAACUCCUCGAUUCGAUUUUCCGUACCCAUCCUUAUACAAGAAGAAUAAUAAUGUUCGAGGACUGCGUGCUGCAGUCGAUGCGAUUCCCGCAGAAGCUCUGGCGAAUAGUGAACGAGUGCCAGACCGGGGCAAUCCGGUGGGGCGCGAAUGGCGACACCGUCCUCCUCGACUACAAGAGAUUCCAGACCGAGUACUUGGACGCGCGCCGGCCCAUCUUCAAGACCAGCAACAUCACCAGCUUCAUCCGCCAGCUGAACCUUUACGGUUUCCGCAAGGUCACUUCCCACAGCCGCGAUCCGAUCUGCAACUCCUACAAUCCCCACGUGCACGAGUUCCUGCAUGACUACUUCCGCGCUGAUCGCGUCGACCUGUUGUUCAAGGUCUGCCGAAAGUCGAGUGGAAAGAGCAAGUGCUUGCAAUACGAGACCAUGAAAAGCACGGAGGAGACUCCGCGAUCACAAGCCAAUUCCGUAUCCCGCUUGAAAUUGUGUCAGUUGGCUUUGACUGAAACUCUGGAGCAAAUUACUCAAGAAUAUCGGCAAAACCAGGAAAAUAGGCCGAUUAUUGCAAAGGAAGAGGAUAACAUUUUAAAAACAAUAAGAAACUCUCCAAGCACAGGUAUUAACAACCAAAUACGUUUCUCAACUCCUCUUUUGUACGAGAUCGAACUCAACAAUGUUCCAAAUCGAAAAUCUGCAGUUGAACGAAAUCCAAAAUAUUCAACAUUUUUUCCUUUGAAGAUUAAUUCAUCCAAAGACAAAAUACUGUCAUUACCUGGGCGUAUUGCUAUGACAGAUAAAUGCAAUCUACAUUUUAACAAUCCAAAUAUUCAACAUCAAAAUCAACUUGAAACUAAUGGUUUGAUGUUUUCUCCUAAGUAAUAUUCAUAUUAUUUAUGAUAAAUUUUUCUAAUGUGAUAUGUAUUUUCUGUUAAAUUAUUUACUAUAAUUGAUAGUAAAAGUAGUUACCACAGAUAUUAAUAAAAAAUAUAUAAAGUUUAUAUUGUAAU